GUAAGAGUUUGUACGACGUAAUUGUAAAAUGGCUGCGGUAUCUGCAUCACGCCGAUAUAAUUGUUGUGUUAUUAGAUUCAAUUCUGACCGAGAAUUAGAAGUCUGAAUUUUGAAAGAAUUGGAAAAAAAAAUGGAUAAUUCUAAUUGCAAUACAUCAUCAUCCACUUCUGGUCGGGUUGGAAACCCGUCUGAUGGUGGAAGUGGAACUGAAACUGUCGAUGAAUCGCAAGAUGAGCCAUCUUCUUCUAAAGACAUACAUCAUGAACUGGAUAAUUUUCGUCUUCAGUGGAGGAGAGAGAUUGAACUAUCUCCAAACAAAGAAAAAGCAUCUACUUCAAGUGAACUCAAUUUAGAUAAAAAGAAUGAAGAACCAAUUGAAGAAAAAGCAAAAACUCUGUUUUUGAAAGGUGUUCAAGCAGAGAAGAAUGGGAAAUUGCAAGAUGCAAUUUCAUUAUACCGUAGAGCUAUUCAGUUGGUGCCUGAUAUUGAAUUUCGUAUUGAAGAAAAUAUAGAAGAUAAUUUUAAUGAAAACAUAGAAGAUUCUGAAUCGGAUAAAAGUGACUCAGAAGAAAAUUCGUCUUCAGAUGAUGAUGAUACAGACAAUCUUGUUAAUAAAUUUAAGAAACUUGCUUUCAAAGCAGGUACUUCUAGAAUUUGUGAACCAAAACAUGAACAAAAGACAAGCCAUAUGUCUUGCCUACCUCCUGAAAUAUUCCUUUACAUCUUAAAAUGGGUUGUAGGUGAAAAUCUAGAUAUAUAUUCCUUAGAAAAAACUGCCAAGGUUUGUCGAGGAUUUUAUCUUUGUUCAAGAGAUCCAGAAUUAUGGCAUUUGAUAUGCUUAAGGACAUGGGAUAUGAAUAUUGAUAAUCCAAAUAAAUAUGGCAGUUGGAGGAAUAUGUAUAUCCAACGUCCUCAUCUUAGCUUUAAUGGUGUGUACAUUAGCAAAACAACUUAUGUACGUUAUGGAGAGUCUUCUUUUCAAGAUACUCAUUAUAAACCUUGCUUUUUAGUUGCAUACUACAGAUAUUUGCGUUUCUUUCCAGAUGGUACUGUACUGAUGCUGACUACUCCUGAUGACCCAUAUCAGUCUAUAUACAAGCUGCGCCAUAAAACAGUAAAAGAUCCUAAUGUGCAUAUAGGCCGUUUCAAACUCGUUGGAAGUACUGUUGUGGCAGCAGUAAAAAAAUCGAAAAGUGAAACUGUUGCUCAAUCUACAAAUUUCUAUAAUCGUUACAGAAGGCACAGACAAGCAAAUCUAUCAGAAGUUCAAGAUCAGACUUAUCAUCUUGAGCUUGAAGUGAAAAACUACAAAAAAAGAAUAAACUGCCAAUUGGCUUGGAUGCGAUAUUCCAGUCAUGUAGUUUAUAGAAUUGGUGAGGAAGCUGUCUCGGAAUUUGACAUUUUGCCAUCAACUUUCCCACCAUUUUGGUUUUCUCGAGUUAAAUCUUAUACUGCUGAGUCUGAAAGUCCUUUGGAAAGAAUUAACACAAAGCUAAUGUGAUCAAGUUGAAAGAUUGUGAAUUUUAUAAUGUUUUAAUUGUAAAAAGUUUGUACAUAUGAUUAUUUCAUCCAUUAUUAUUAAAAUCUUUGAUUCAUA